AUUAUUCAUAUUUAAAAUGACUUUCAGGCGGCAGUCAACGCAUAAACCAAACCUCUAACUGUUCGGAUGAAUUUAUUUUAGACUCAAUAUUAUGAAACGGCGCGAUAAUCCUUUUAUAAGAUAUGCUUUUAUAAAUAUAGUUUACUGGUAGAAGAAGUGACUUUGGACUUUUGUGAAGAUGACUGACUCGAAGAAAACGAACUCCCCUAAAAGAGUACAGAAAAGCACAGUGGAUGAUGAAUUUCCCGUUCCACCAGAUGGUGGUUGGGGUUGGGUUGUAACUUUUAGCUCAUUCAUGGUCAGCGUUUUAGUCGAUGGCGUGUGUUUCAGUUUUGGAAUAUUUUUUACGAAAUUUAUGGACUAUUUCCAAGAAUCUAAAAUGAAGACAUCUUGGGUUGGAUCCGUUUUGAAUGGAACUUACUUGGUACUGGGGCCUAUUGUCGGUUCUUUAGUAACAAAAUUUGGUUGUAGGAACGUGGCCUUGGUUGGAGCUAUAAUUGCUGCUACUUCAUUCUUUAUCAGUUCCUUUUCACCAAACAUUGAGGUUCUUACUGUCACCUAUGGUCUGAUGGGAGGUACUGGGCUUGGUUUCAUGUAUCUUCCAGCAAUUGUUAUGGUUGGAUAUUAUUUCGAAAAACGAAGAGCUUUAGCAACUGGUAUAGCCUGUUGUGGUUCAGGAAUUGGAGCGUUUGUGUUUGCUCCCCUUUGUGAAUUUCUUUUAGAAGAAUAUAACUGGCAAGGUGCCACGUGGAUAUUGUCAGCUAUUGUGUUAAAUGGUUUAAUAUUUAGCGCGUUUUACCGACCGGUUAGUAAUCUAAACAAGGACGUUUUGGAGCGAAAGGGAGUUAACUCGGAAAACACUUGCGAUACUGAUGAAUUUUAUCUCGUUAACGCAAAGUGUUUUCCUGUGAUGAAUCCCGAUGCGGAAUCACUUAAAGCAUGCAGAAUGCACCCCUGGGAACUAACAAAUAGCCCUGUGUAUAGAUGUAAGUCAGUAGAUAUUCCAACAAUUAAUACAAAAAUCGCUAAUAACGAUAGCGAUCGCUUAAAUAUGGAAAUAAGUCGAAUGGCACACAGUCACCAUGACAUUGCCGAUAAAAAAGUGAAAUUGGAAUAUUACAAUCCACUGCAGAGAAAGGAUAUAUUUUACAGUGGUAGUAUAUCUAACUUGAAAAUGCACCAAAAUGUUAAAUUAUCACAGAAUUAUAUUAACAAAUUAAAUGAAGAACAAUCCAAAGGCAGGCUUUCAAAUGAAAGCGAAGGUGGUGAUCGUGGAACGUGUGGGUUUCUUAAAAAACACGUCGACUUAUCUCUACUAUCAAGUCCCAAAUUUUUAGUGUAUGGUACUUCAUGUUUUUUAUGUAUGGCAGGUUUUUUUGUUCCUUUUAUGUAUAUACCACCCCUAGCACAAGAUCUAGGUAUAUCAGCCCAGAAGGCCGCCUUCCUUAUAUCAAUCAUUGGUAUUGUAAAUACAGUAGGGCGUGUGCUAACUGGUUAUAUAUCCGAUCAAGUCUGGGCUGAUUGUCUUCUAAUAAAUAACAUAGCCCUUAUUAUAGGUGGAAUUGCUACCAUUCUAGUGCCUUUUUAUACUAAUUUUGGUAUUCUUGCUGCGUAUUGCUGUGUAUUUGGUUUGAGUAUAGCUGUUUUUGUGUCAUUAAGAUCAAUUAUUAUGGUCGAAUUGAUGGGGUUAGAGAAACUCACAAGUGCGUUUGGCCUGGUAAUAAUGUGUCAAGGUCUUUCUUCAUUUAUCGGUGCUCCGAUAGCUGGUGCAAUAUCCGACUCUACAGGCAAUUACGAUGCGGCAUUUUAUAUGGCGGGAUCUGUCCUUGCCAUGGCUGGAAUUAUAUGUCUACCACUUCGUAGAAUUGCUUCAUGGGAAGAUGAGAAAAAGUACAGUGAAGGUGAAAUUACACCCAUGAUAUCAAAUGCCGAGAUAAAAACCAGUUUGAAUGAUUAAAACAUUUUACUUUUUAUUACGAAUGAAUUUUGUAAAUUUGUAAACAUAAAUGUAAUACGAAUUCUCAGAAUUAUAUUUUAUAUUAUAUUCUAUAUUAUACUUCCAUUCAUUUAUAACCCCUUGGCGUCCCUCUAUAUUUUUGUUAUUAUUAUUUUCUGUGUGCACAGUUGGAACAGUAGGCUAAAGCCUAGCUUAUGUCACCCAACGACGCGAUAAAACUGACGGCGACUCAUAGCAACUAACAGCUGAUGUCGCUACAACUGAAUUUAUCCACGACUGGACACAACCACGAAGCAAUCAAUUAAUCAUAGUCGUAAGCGCCUUCAUGUCGCCUGGUGUCAAUUGCAGAAUCGGGGCCACAGCUGAUCACAUUACUGACACGUGAUAACCUUCAAAAUGGCCUCAUUGCACUUGUCAGCCAUGUUUGUUACCGCCCCCUGGGUACCA